CUCUGUUUUUGCUCCAAUUUAAAGGCGCCGUUUGGAAAAAAAAAUCCUCCUCCUCUUCUUUUUCCUCCUCCUCCUAACUUUCUAGAAGUUUCCCUGGAGGGCUUAUAUAGCCCCCUCUUCUGCAGCCGCUUUGCAGACAGGGCAAGGCGUUGAUCCGGAGUGAAACCGCUUUUGCAGCUUGCUUUUUCUGGUCUGGUUUGGAAUUCGUUGCAUUCCUCUUUUUGUUUUGCUCCAGGAAUCUCCUUAAAGAAUGAAAAAGGGAAACGUUGACCACACUAAGAAAAAGUUUCCAGAUCUAGAUUGGUGCUAUAUUCAGUGGAAGCCAUGUGGCUGAUUAAACUCCUAGCACUUGUUGCACUCGUCGCCGCCGUCCCUCCAGAUGCCAAGAAGUCAAGUGAGAAGAAAGCCGCUACAGGAGAGAAGAAAGCAGCUACAGGAGAGAAGAAAGCUGCUCCGGGGGAGAAGAAGCUGAGCGAAAAGGCCACCGCUUUGGCGGACCGUAGCGCCACCCUUGCCUUCAACCUCUACCACGUCAUGGCCAAGGACAAGAAUAUGGAGAACAUCCUGGUCUCUCCGGUGGUGGUGGCCUCUUCCUUAGGGCUGGUGUCCCUUGGCGGCAAGGCCACCACCGCCUCCCAGGCCAAGGCCUUGCUCAGUGCCGACAAGCUCAACGACGACUACCUCCACAGCGGCCUGGCGGAGCUCCUGAGCGAUGUGAGCGACUCAGAGGCACGCAACGUCACCUGGAAGAUGGCCAGCCGCCUCUACGGCCCCAGCUCCAUCAGCUUCGCUGACGACUUCGUCAAGAGCAGCAAGAAGCAUUACAACUGCGACCACUCCAAGAUCAACUUCCGGGACAAGCGGAGCGCACUCAAGUCUAUCAACGAGUGGGCCGCCCAGACCACUGACGGCAAGUUGCCGGAGGUCACCAAAGACGUGGAGAAGACCGACGGGGCCCUGAUUGUCAACGCCAUGUUCUUCAAACCUCACUGGGAUGAGAAAUUCCACCACAAGAUGGUAGACAACCGUGGCUUUAUGGUGACCCGGUCCUUCACAGUUGGCGUUCCUAUGAUGCAUCGCACAGGGUUGUACAACUACUUUAAUGAUGAGGCGGAGAAGUUGCAGAUGGUGGAGAUGCCACUGGCCCACAAGCUCUCCAGCAUGAUCUUCAUCAUGCCGAACCACGUGGAGCCCCUGGAGCGGCUGGAGAAGCUGUUGACCCAGGAACAACUGAAAACCUGGCUGGGCAAGAUGAAGCAGCGGGCAGUGGCCAUCUCCCUGCCUAAGGUCAGCCUGGAGGUCAGCCACGACCUGCAGAAACACUUGGCCGAUUUGGGUUUAACUGAAGCCAUUGACAAGAACAAGGCCGACCUCUCCAAGAUUUCAGGCAAGAAGGACCUCUACCUCUCCAACGUCUUCCACGCGGCGGCUCUGGAGUGGGACACGGAAGGGAACCCCUUUGAGGGGGACAUCUACGCCCGGGAAGAGAUGAAGAGCCCCAAGCUCUUCUACGCCGACCACCCAUUCAUUUUUGUCAUCAAGGACAAUAAGACCAAUUCGAUUCUCUUCAUUGGCCGGCUAGUCAGGCCCAAAGGAGACAAAAUGCGGGAUGAGUUGUAGUGGUAGAGUAGGUUGCGUAUGGAGAGAUGCGUUUGUUGGUUUGUUUUGUAGAAAUCGAGGCGGUGGAAAUGAUGCUGUGUGCCUUUUUAUAAACUGGUGCUCGCAGGCCGUUUUCUCACUAAGGUCGCAUUGGCACAGGGCUAAGCCCUGCUUAAGUCAGCAGGACUUACUUCUGUGUAAACCAGGGGUAUGAAGUGCCCAACCAUGCAUUAGGAGCCCCGGCUCAGAUAGCAGCCUCCAUGUCAGGAAGCAGUAUUAUUAUUAUUAUGCUUAUUUAUGCCCCACUUUUCUCUCCCGAAGGAGAUUCAUGCUGUCCUGUAUCUUGCCCACCCUCAGGACCUCAGAAGAAGCAACUGGAUGGUCCAUCUGGCAUUAGUUUGGGAUUUGAUAGAUGAUCUAACUCAUAGUGCAGUCAGAGAGCAGUCCUCAAUAGCCUUUCCCAUGAAGCCAGAGAUAUUGAAUUGUGAACGUCUUCAUAGAUAUGGAGGAGUAUGACAGGCCCCCCAUCCUCUUUGUAAAACCAAGGGUCAAGCUAUAACAGUGAAGUGCAGUGGUUCCCAAUCUUUCGCCCUCAAAGGCUUUGCACUUCAGCUCUCAGAAUUCCCAAAAGUUGGCCAAGACAGUUGAGUCUUCUGGGAGGUGGAAGUCCCAAAUACAUGAAGGAUUAGAGUUCAGGAAUCGCUGCUCUAGGCAGAGCUAUCACUAGAUGGCAUGGGUUCAGGAGCAAACAUAUGAGGGUCCUAUGUGUUGUCGAAGGCUUUCAUGGCUGGAAUCACUGGGUUGCUGUAAGUUUUCUAGGUUGUAUGGCAGCAUUCUCUGCUGACGUUUCACCGACAUCUAUGGCAGGCAUCCUCAGAGGUUGUGAGGUCUGCUAGAAACUAGAUAUAUAAACCCCACUUGCUGAACAUGAACAAUCCUGACUUUAAACACCAAACAUUGAAUAGGAAAAAGCAAUCCUUUUACUGAAGAUAAGUAAAAAACAGCCAAGUAAAAAGCACUUUAAAGAAAUUGGUAAAUCCAAUUAGGUAAGAAGAUAAGCAGGAACAAAUUAGUCCAAGGUAGAGUUUCGGCAAUGUUCAUAAAAGCAAAAUCCACACAUCUCCAAUACAAUCCAGAAAAUCAGGAAUAUAUCGAUCCAUGGUAAGGAAUCAUGAAAUCCAGGAAUCCAAAACCAUGAACAAGAAUGAAACUUCAAGGUUUCCAUAAAACAAGGACGAGAACUUGGCAUGAUUCUAAACCAUGCUUCAUCUGACUACACAUCCCAAACUUGAGACUUUUAUCCCCUCGUUAGCUAGGUCACUAGCGGUCAGAAAUUGGUUUCUCUUUAGUUGAGGCUUUGUUAUUGUUUUCUGUCAAAGCCUGGCAGAGCGCCUAAGCCAUUGCACAGCUCUCCUGUUUUGACUGAACUCUUCUCG